AGAUUCUUCUACACAUACGGCGAAGGAGCAAAAGCGCAUUCCUCGUGAACAUCUCUCUCUCUUUCUCUCUCCACUUGGCUUAAAUCCCCUGAAAAGCACCCACAUCGACUUGCAGGACAGCGAGAGAGACGGGCUUUUGCCGGGAAAUGACGUCAGAUGGAGCAACAUCAGCAGCGACGGCUAGAAGAAAACCGUCGUGGAGGGAGAGAGAGAACAACAGGAGGAGAGAGAGGAGGAGGCGAGCUAUAGCAGCGAAGAUAUAUGCUGGGCUUAGAGCUCAGGGGAACUUCAACCUUCCCAAACACUGCGAUAACAACGAGGUCUUGAAAGCUCUCUGCAUCGAAGCCGGUUGGACAGUCGAAGAAGAUGGUACUACCUACCGAAAGGGAAUGAAGCCACCCCCAAUUGAUCCAGGCACUUCCAGUACCAAAAUCACUGCUUUCAGUUCCCAAAAUCCAAGUCCAUUGUCUUCAUCCUUUCCCAGUCCAAUCCCUUCUUACCAAGUCAGUCCCUCCUCUUCUUCCUUCCCGAGCCCCUCUCGUUUUGAUGGUGGCUAUAAUCCAUCCAAUCUCAUUCCCUAUUUGCGAAAUGCUAUUCCUUCAUCCCUUCCUCCCCUCCGAAUUUCAAACAGUGCUCCUGUAACCCCGCCUCUGUCCUCCCCAACCUCGAAAAAUCCUAAGCCAAUUCCCAACUGGGAGGCCAUUGCCAAAGAAUCCAUGGCUUCCUUCAGUUACCCUCUCUAUGCUGUUUCUGCCCCGGCUAGUCCUACUCGUCACCAGUUACACUUCCCGGCUGCCGCCCCUAUUCCUGAAUGCGAUGAAUCUGAUACAUCCACUGUCGAUUCUGGCCAAUGGGUUAGCUUCCAAAAAUUUGCACCCUCUGCAGCUGCAAUGCCAACCUCUCCAACCUUUAAUCUUGUGAAACCUGUUGCUCCUCAAGUUUUGCCUAGCAAUGUAGUCGCAGAGAAUGCGAGGGGAUCAGAAUUCGACUUUGGGGGUGGGCAGGUAAAGCCAUGGGUUGGAGAGAAAAUUCAUGAAGUUGGAUUGGAUGAUCUGGAACUCACACUGGGAAGUGGGAAAGCCCGGAGUUGAAAGUCCAGCAGAAUGAAUUGUGUGUGCCGUGUAAGAAUCACUGGAUCGUUCGGCUUGGUGGUGUUGAAGUGCGUAUGAUGUUCUGUGGCUGAACCCUUGCCGUUUUUCAUAUCAUGAAGAAAUUGGCUUCUUUCAAGAAAUUGAAUCCCAUGGGGAAUUUAAUUUUUUUUAUUUUUUUAUUUUUAAUUCUAGAAUUUAGUUCAUUCGUUCAUCCACUGUUUGAAUUUGUUUAAAAUGUUAUUACCAAGCAAUUACAUGUAGAUAUUGUGCGAUGUCCUUUAUUGGCAGUGCAAGUUUUAUUAUCUCUGUAGGCUUUCAGAUAAACCUCACAGAUUCCAAAUAUUAAAAGAAGUAUUUUACUUUGACUCA